AAUAUAUUGGAAGUGAUGUUUGGAAAAUUGGAAAACGCCACCAACCGCCAAACCAUCCAAUCGAGCCAGCACCCCAACGAGCCCCAAACGGAACACGUUGUGGGGGGCUGGCAACAUGUUCGGUUCGACCGGCUCCAAUCUCGAACCAGCAGCGACGACGGCCGCCACUCAACAACCACCCCGGCUGCUAGCCGUAUUUUACAGUAUUUUGAACCGCCGAAGAAGACGCACGCAGAGCAGCGCGUCGGUGUAUCGCGGCGAAUAUUCAGCGUGAAUUUUGAACGUGAUUUUCGGGCAGACGGAGUUUGGAUUUUGGAAACGAGUUGCUGGAAAGGGAUAAUAAUUGCGAUUAAAAGGCAGCCGCAGCAGAGAGAGAGCGCCGCGAAAGGUAAAUUUGUGAAAAAAACGUGGUAGUCUCUUAUCGGAAAUCGGUCAGUUAUCCGCUAUAAUUAUCCGCGCGCGAGUGUUCUUUUUUUUCGAUCUGCGUAUUUGAAAAAAUAACAAAAAAAAAAACGAAGAAAAGUGCAGUUGAUAAAAAAAGUUAUUAAUUUUUUUUCAAGUGAAGUGUUUUUUGGUUUUUUGGAAAAAUAAAAAUAAUAACAACUAGUAGAAGCAGAACGGUGGAAAGGAAAGAGUCACGG